GUUAUGAUGGAGUCAUUAAAAAACUGUAUUAUAAUCUAGACGAUAUUGCCUAUGUGGGAAAGCCAUUAGUAGACAUAGAAACGGAAGCUUUAAAAGGUAUUGUAAAUGUGUUCAUCUGUUUUGCCAAAUUGAUUACUGUUGUCCUUUUGUCAUUGGUACCAAUUAAAAGAGAUGUUUACUUUUAAUAACUUACAGGGUUUAAUUUGGUGGUUUGAAGCUGUAAUCAGGAAGAUAGAAAAGAUCUUCUGUGAUGAAUGAUUAUCUUUUGACAAGUUACCAUGUUAGAAAUGUACACAUUAACACUGAAUUUAUCUGGGGGCCUGCCUUCUGGAAACCUUAGUAUUCAAAGAACUGAUGGGCUUUCUCAGGAAUUAAAGAUUCAGGCCCUGAACACUAGUCACUAAUAACAAAAACUGGAGUAUGCAAAAGAUUAAAUCUAACACAAUAGGAUUGUUGUAUUUUCCACUGAUUCAAAAACAAAAACACUUUCUUGGGGCACCUGGCUGGCUCUGUCAAUGGAGCAUGCAACUCUUGAUCUUGGGGUUGUGAGUUCGAGCCCCUCUUUGGGGAUAGAGAUUACUCAAAACAAAACAAAACAAAAAAGAAAUAUUAAAAAAAAAUACUUUCAUUAGUAAUGGUUAUGAAGGCCAAACUUCUGGAAGGGAAGUGGAAGAGAAAGGAAGGAAAAUCAUAAUGAAAAGUGAAGAAACUAGCAUUUAGAAGAAGCAACAACCAUGGAACUUACAAGCAGUAGAUGUCCUGACAAAAGCGAACUCCUUGUGAAAAUAUUGCAGAGGAAAGCUAAAACAGUGGGUUCUCCUGGUAUUGGCAGACAGCUAGAUGGCUGUCUACCUCGGAAGUUCCUUAUGGCAUUGUUGUGAUACGUUAAAGUUAUGUCAUCUAGGAAACAGCUCUGCUAUGGGGGAUGCGGGGAUGGGGCUGGAGGUGGCUUAAGUUUUGUGAUGUAGUCCUAAGCCAGCAAUCUGUCUGAGAAGUGCUGAAAUAGAAUAGAAUACUAAUAGAAUUUUAGUAGUAUCAUUCGAAAGCCCAGAAGAAUUCUGAAUUACAGUGGCUGGUUGACUUGUAGUUCUGCAGACUAUAUAGUUAAUACUAACAGUAACAACAAUCACUAAUUCCACAGUCAUACUUGACAGUUUAUGAAAAGUUUCCCUGUUAUUUUAUUUAUCCUUACUUGUGAAGUAUUCCAGUUUAAUGGGUGAAGAAACUAAACACAACCUGUAGAGGUUCGGCAAUUUGCCCAAUGGCCAGUGACUGAGCCAAAUUUUGAACUCCAUGACCUGUCUUUGUCCAGAUUAUUUUCCACUAUGACAUGUUGCCUCCAGAAGGUGGAAGAUGACUUAUUGAAGUCUUCCUAUUAUUUAUUUAAUUUCUACUAUAAAAGGAUAUAUGUGCAUGUAGCAAGCUAUAAAGUGCAGAAAAUCGAAAAUAAGAAAAUAAAAACAUAUUCCUGCUACUCAGAAAUCAUCACCCUUAACACAUGAAUGUAUAUCACUCCAGACAUUUUUCUAAGCUCACACAUACGCACUGAAGUCAUUUUUUACCAGAGUAAUAUGUUGUGUUGCUGUAUUUGAAUCUGUUUGCUUAAUUACGUAUGUGUUUUCAUGACAAUGAUUUCAUUUUAUCUGAUGAUCAGACUGUAUUUAAAUCUCCCCAGUCGCCCCAGAAUGUCCUGGAAAUUUCAGUUGGUUUGUUCAAAGUAGGGUCCAAUAUGGGACUCUACAUUGCCCACGGUCUCUCUUCACAUGACUUACACUGUCCCACAUUUUGCUUCACGACACUGACUCGUGGAAGGGACUGUGCCAUUUGUUUUGCAGAAUGUCACACUUUGUGUCUUGUUGCUUUUCCAUGAUGGUGUUUGACUUGUUCUUACCAUGGUAAGUUCCUGUAAACUGAAAGCAAGUUUCAAAGGCUAGGUUCAAGUUAAAUAUUUGGCUAGAAUAUAUCAUGGGUGAUAUUGUGUACUUCACAUUGCUUCACAUCAGGGCACCAUAACAUCUAGAUGACCUGCCGUAGUGGCGCUCAGUGUAAACAGUGAAUUGGGAUAAUGAGUCCCUUGCCCCAUCAUUGUACAGUUACGUUUUAUCCUUUGCAGCCUGAAAGUUACCCAGGUGGUGUCACUUUGGCACUAUCAUCAUUUGAGAAUCCUGGCCUAAAUCAACAACUGCUUUAGUGGUUGUGGAAUGAUGAUUUUUUUUUUAUUCUGUCAGUAUCUUUACAUUAUUAGCUGGCAUUAUUCUGUAAAGAGGCACUUCACCCUCAUCAGCUGGGCCUAUUAGUUACCCUGAAAUACAGUUCCUGCUGGAAAAACAGAAUAAAUGGUUCAUCCUUUUCCCUUGCCAAGGAGUUGCUUUGAUAGCCCCUUCAAAUAGUGAUAUUAAAUUUCCAACUUUCUCUUUGUGUCUAUUCAGUUGAUUUGCUGUGUUUAAUCUAUUAUAAUCAUUCUUUUUAAUGCUCAAGUUGUUAGUAGGAGUGACCCUUGCAAGGUCGCUCCUGGGUGUUCUUUUAACAUGACCCCAUUAAUUUUCAAAAGCUUCCUUGUUUUUGACACAGAAAGAUGAUCUGAAAGUCACUUUGUACAUUCCCUGCCCCAGAUCUGGAAUUAAUCUAUUUCUUCGGGGCUCUUGUUCCUUUUAAUGUGGCAUGGACAAGAGACCAUAAAGUAGGUAGUAGGGGUGUUUCCUUUUAUCUUGAUUGCUAAACUUCUAUUGAAAGGCAUGAUUUAAGAAUAUUAAAACCAAAAAAGAAUUCACCUUUUAAAAUUACCUGAAACACAAAAUUAUUAUGGUGGAUCAAUGACUUUUUUUUUUUUUUUUUUUUUUUUUAAUUUAGUUAGGACCUAGAAAGGAAAGAGGCACAAACUGAGAGCACUGAAUCCUAACCACUAGACCACUAGGGAGCAGCAGUCUUGGCACAAACUGAGGCAAGCAAAAUGCUCAACACUAUUAUGGAUGUCAUUAAAUUAGAACACCCUGACAGGCGCUUUAAACCAGAUUUAGACACCAAUCUAGACCAUCCAAAAAAAAAAAGAAUUAUUUAUAUGAACAAGUAAACAAUUGAGAUUUGUGGAUUUUUUAAAUUAAAAAAAAAUUUUUUUUUUAAUUUUUAGAGUGAGUGCACACAUGAGCUGGGGAGAGGGGCAGAGGGAAAGAGAGAGAGAAUCUUAAGCAGGAUCCACACUGAGCACAGAGCCUGACACGAGGCUCAAUCCCACGAGCACGACCUGAGCCGAAAUCAAGAGUCACACACUCAACUGACUGAACCAUGUCAGCACCCUGAGAUUUAUGGGUUUUUUUAUUGUUCGGUUUUAUUUUUAGAGUUUAUUUUGGCGUUUCAAAUGACAUUCAACUUAAUAAAUCUUGAUAUAUAGCAAAUUACAAAAUUAUAGAACUUUUUCAGAAUACGGGUAUUUUUUUCUAGAGAAUUGUUUCACAAAAAUUAAUCUGUACAGCAUGAAUGAUUCUCAAAGAAAUUAUGCUGAGCAAAAGAAGCCAAACCAAAAAGAAAACAUGCUGUAUGAUCUAUGUGCGUAAAAUUUUAGAAAAUGCAAACUAAUCUACAAUGACAGAAAACUGAUUAGUGUUUUCCUUGGUAUAAGGAAUCUUUUGGAGCUGGUGGACAUGUUCCUUAUCUUGAUUGUGGUGAUGGCUUAUGUGUAUAUACAUGCUUCACAGUUUAUCAAAUUUUAUAUUUUAUGUUUGUGCAGUUUAUUGUAUGUCUGUAAAAAAAUGAGACUGUGUUGGUUAUGUUCAGAGUGAAAAGUGUCUGAUAGUAUUUCUCAUAGAGAACUGAUCAUUUGCUAGCUAUUCUGUUUUGUUUGCCAGAGUGUAUUCUGAACAGUUAUCUCGCACUGUAGUUUCAUUUUGCUUUUACAUUUAUGUUUUAUUGAAUUUUUUUACUAUAAGAAACUGUAAAGCAUAACCUAUAUAUAAGCAAACCUAUGGAACAGUAGAUUCAAUUUAUGAAACAUUUAUAUAUCCCUCUCUUUAAUUUUAGAAAUGGGACAGUUUCUAAAUAUUCUGUGAACAUUUUCUUAAGAAUUUGUAAUAAUAUUGAAUUUAUAUUGUUUUUUUGUUUUAGUGCUAGUAAAACCAAUUAUACUAUAAAUAGAAAAUUAUCAAACAAAAAGUCUUUUAGAAGUAUAAAAUGUAUUAUUUCCAUUUUACAGGUGGAAAAUAAUUAUAGCAUAGAACCAUUAAGAGUAUAUGAUCAAAACUAGACAUCUUUUUUUAAAAUUUUUUUUAAUGUUUAUUUUUGAGAGAAAGAGACAGAGCAUGAUCAGGGGAGGGGCAGAGAGAGAGGGAGACACAGAAUCCGAAGCAGGCUCCAGGCUCUGAGCUGUCAGCACAGAGCCCAAUGCGGGGCUCGAACUCAGGAAUGGCGAGAUCAUGACCUAGACCGAAGUCAACGUUUAACCAACUGAGCCACCCAGGCGCCCCAAAACUAGACAUCUUAAUAGUAGUAUUGGAGAUUAAUCCUGUCUUCUAAUGCUUGUUUAAAUAAUAUUCUCUGGCACCACCUUUUGUAACAUGGUGGUGUUGUCUCCUUUCCAAGGCUGGAGCAUCAAGGUAAUUUUGAUGAGGGAAACUCUACUUGUGAUGUCCAAGUCCCAUCUAUGAGUGCUUUGACCGUAGACAGACCUCUACUUGAAAAGAGCUUACUGGGGGCGCCUGGGUGUCUCAGUCCUUUAAGCAUCCCACUUCAGCUGAGGUCAUGAUCUCGCAGUUCGUGGGUUCAAGCUAUGCGUUGGGCUGUCUGCUGUCAGCAUGGAGCCCACCACGUGGCUCAGUCUCACAAACCGUGAGAUCAUGACCCUGAGCUGAAAUCAAGAGUCAGGUGGUGGGGCACAUGGGUGGCUCAGUGGGUUAAGCAUCCGACUUUGGCUCAGGUCAUGAUCUCGCAGCUUGUGAGUUCGAGCCCUGCGUCAGACUCUGUGCUGACAGCUUGGAGCCUGCUUCUGAUUCUGUCUCCCUGUCUCUCUGCUCCUCUCCUAUUCAUGCUCUGUCUCUCUCUCUCUCUAUCUCAAAAAUAAAUAAACAUUAAAAAACAAUUUUAAAAAGAGGUGCUUAACUGACUGAGCUACCCAGGCACUCUGAUUUUCUUUUAAACUUUAUAUAUUUGACUCCUUCUUAAAGUGAGGGUAUUGAGUAUAGCCUAAAAUCUUUUUUCAUUAUGCAAAAACAUGUUAAUGAACAUUUAUUAUUCUGGAAACAACAUAAUUCUGCUUCUGGUUUUUUAUUUUUCAACCUACUUCUUAGCAUUAUCAUUGUGCCAGGCCAACACUCUCCUUCCUAAAUUUCCAGGAACAAGGAUAACUAAGUUUGUUAAGAAGUGUUUACUACGAAGAGAAAGUAGGAUCUGGUUGAGAGUCUAAAUUCCUAUUUUCUGGGGCAAGGGCAUGGUUUUAAUGCUGAGGCCACAUGGCAGCUGUUUUAGGUAUUCUGAUCCUGAAGCUAUGUGUAGGAUUAAAUUGCCAGAAUGUUUGACCACCAGAUAACUGAGAGGUCACUAUACCUAAGUAAUCCUAAUUGUGGAGUCUUGCCACCAUGGGGAAAUAUUAAGGAAAGAGAGGAAGGAACAUAAACUGUAGCAGAAUUCUUUAUAAAACUAAUAUUAUUCUUGAUUAUAUUGCAUUUAUCCUUUAACAUCACCACCUAUCAUUGAUUGAAUGCUUUCUCUUUGCUAAUGCUAUAUACACAUUAUUUCAUAUAAUCAUAUAGAUUAAUUAUGUAGAUUUUUAUCUGCAUUUGACAUGUGCAACACUGAGACCCACAGAGAUUUAAUAUCUUGCCUCUGGUGACAUAGCCAGUAACUGAUAGAACUACAAUUUGACCCCAGCUUUGUUUAAUUCUAAAGCCCAUGUUGCUAACCACUUUGUUCCACUGAAAAUUCUAUUCAGAGCCUCUGGGUAUCAGCUCCAUUCUGCAUCUCGAACAUUGGGAAUGAAUUCCUAACACUGUUGAUACUCAUGUUUGUGAAGUUCUGCUAUAACAAUAUCAGUUAAGGUGUCCCACAGAGUUUAUAAUAUUAAAAUGUUUGCCAGGAUUAAUACAAUGUUCUCAGUUAAAGAUGUCAUUUAAUUAAAUUACAUGUCAUUUAAUUAAAUUACACCCAGUGGCAUAAGUUGCAUGGUAUAAUGCCCGAGCAUAGUAAGUGCACAACGAAUGGUAGGUAGGACUUAGUUUUAUUCAGCCAGUUAUAGACGGAGUUGAUUGUAUUAGCUAUUUCAGUAAUUUGAAGUGAGAAAGAAAAUGCAGUGAGAUCUCAUUGAUUGGAGUGUCAUCAAUUCUCAAUUCAUGAUGAUUUAUAUAGGAACUAAACUAAAGUUGACAGUUGUUCUACAAAAAAAGGUCUUCCUAAGCAGUUUUGCAGAGACCAAAGCUUAAAACAUUUUACGAAAACACAUUGUUUCAAACACCCUGAGUGCCCAAGUGCUUCAAAACGUUUUCUCCAGAAAAAUUUCCCCAAUUAUGUGAAUUAAUUGACUCCUUACUGUCAUUUUUAGAAAUAUUUCUUAAAAUACCUAAGAAUGUGGCAAUUUCAGUUUUAAUAUUUUCUUAAAUUAAAAAAAAUGUUUAUUUAUUUUUGAGAGCGAGAGCAUGAGUGGGAGACGGGCAGAGAGAGAGGGAGACACAGAAUCCGAAGCAGGCUCCAGGCUCUGAGCUGUCAGCACAGAACCUGAUGCGGGGCUCGAACUCACAAUCGUGAGAUCAUGACUUGAGCCAAAGUUAGACACUUAACCAACUGAGCCACCCAGGCACCCUUCAGUUUUAAUAUUUUUACUAAUUCAAAUGUUUUAUUUAGUUAAUCUGAAAUAAUAGUUCUAUUAUAAAUUUGCUUCACAUGAGGAAUAUCAGCAACACUAAAUUGACAGUUUUCAUGACAAAAAGUGCUUAUUUACCAGAGUUCUUUUGUUGCUCUUUAAAAAAUUUAAUGAAGUCUUUUAAAACUCUGUAUUCCUAAAUCCACUACUAAAAGAAUAAAAUCCCACAUAUCAGAGUAUAGUGUUAGAACCAUGAAAAUCACAUCCCUUGAGGAGAGUUAUGACAUUUUAGAUUAGCCUUAACUCCAUCCUCCUUAGAAUCUGUUUGUACAUUGAUAAAAGUAAGAAAUCUGCCCUGCAUUCCUGUAACAGUGUUGUGAUCAUCACAGGAGAAAAUGUUUGUAUACACACUUAGAAAAUGAUCUAAAGUACUACAUAGGUGGUAAUUUAGUGCUGAAGAGAGCUUUCUUCCAACAAUUAUAUGACUGCUUCAAAUAAUAUAUAAUAUGAAUGACUUCUCACCAAUGUUUUAUUACUCAUAUUUGUACUCAAAUUAUUCUAAAAGGCAGUCCUACUUUGUCAUAUAUCAGAAUGUUUUCCAGAAAGGUGAGUGGCAAUAAAUUCAGUGAUCUUUUGGAAACCUGUAACUUUUGUAUAUAUUUGGGCUUUUAUAUAUUUCUCAUAUUUUCAGCAAAAAUACACAUUAAAUCAGGUUAGAUUUGGAAUUCCUACAUUUGAAUUCCCUUGGUUUCCCUUUGCACCUUAGUUCCUAAUGCUCCUUCUUUCUUACUAGUUUCUCCAGUAACUUUAACAGAUGUGGACAAUACUACAGGUUUCUCAAAUUACAACAAAAUUAUGCCUUGAACAAUAGGAGUUGUAUUCUAGCUUCUUUGACUACAAAGAAAAUUCACUAGUGCCAUGAACUAAUGGAAACAGCACAGGAUUCAGAAGAAGAUGUUGUUGAAACUCCUGCUGUGUCCCAUGAUGAACACACACACCAAGAGAUAAAGGGCCAGAAAACACUGGCCACCCCUGCAGUUCGCCGCCUAGCAAUGGAAAACAAUAUUAAGCUGAGUGAAGUUGUUGGCUCAGGAAAAGAUGGCAGAAUACUUAAAGAAGAUAUUCUCAACUAUUUGGAAAAGCAGACUGGAGCUAUAUUACCUCCUUCACCAAAAGCUGAAAUCGUGCCACCUCCACCCAAACCAAAAGACAGAACUAUUCCCGUACCAAUAUCAAAACCUCCAGUAUUCACAGGCAAAGACAAAACAGAACCCAUAAAAGGCUUUCAUAAAGCAAUGGUCAAGACCAUGUCUGUAGCCCUGAAGAUACCUCACUUUGGGUAUUGUGAUGAGGUUGACCUUACUGAACUGGUUAAGUUACGAGAAGAAUUAAAACCCAUUGCUUUUGCCCGUGGAAUUAAACUCUCCUUUUUGCCCUUUUUCUUAAAGGCUGCUUCCUUGGGACUACUACAGUUUCCUAUCCUUAAUGCUUCUGUGGAUGAAAACUGCCAGAACAUAACAUAUAAGGCUUCUCACAACAUUGGGAUAGCAAUGGAUACUGAGCAGGGGUUGAUUGUCCCUAAUGUGAAAAACGUUCAGAUCUGCUCUAUAUUUGAGAUCGCCACUGAGUUGAACCGCCUUCAGAAAUUGGGCUCUGCAGGUCAGCUCAGUACCACUGACCUUACAGGAGGAACAUUUACCCUUUCCAACAUCGGAUCAAUUGGUGGGACCUAUGCCAAACCAGUGAUACUGCCACCCGAAGUAGCAAUUGGGGCUCUCGGAUCCAUCAAGGUCCUUCCCCGAUUUAACGAGAAAGGAGAAGUGUUUAAGGCACAGAUAAUGAACGUGAGCUGGUCAGCUGAUCACAGAAUUAUCGAUGGUGCUACAAUGUCACGCUUCUCUAAUUUGUGGAAAUCCUACUUAGAGAACCCAGCUUUUAUGCUCCUAGAUCUGAAAUGAAGAGUAUAAGGCGUCAUUGAACUUUUUCAGCGUCCAAAGAACAUGUAGAGCCUCGCUGCACAGCACACGUUCUUCGUCACAAUUUGUAUUAUAAAUGAUUUGUAUUGUGUGAUUCAGGUUCCCAGGCACAAUAUUUAUCUCCGUUCUGUUAGACAUUUUACAGAAAAUGAAUAACGGUGUAAUAGUUCUCCCGGGGCUGUCACAUUUUGUAGGUCAUAGUGUGACUUCUUACUAUGGUGCUGAGGUCUUUGUGUCCAUGGACUGAAACUAGGAAGAACAACGAAAUUAACAUUACUAAAAGACAGAUUGCAAUAUCUGGUAUUUACCCUAUUUUUUUUUCUUUUCCUCUUUUAAUUUUAGAUUGCCCCUUAAUGAAACUUUUCAAUUACACUUAGUUGGGAAAUGGAAUUUACACACAAAAGUAUCUUUCAUUUCCCCACAAUAAUGCUAACUGUUGUAUAAAAAAGUGCAAUUAUACUUAAACUUUUAAGAUAUCCACGGUUAUGUUGCUUUGUAGAGAUUAUCUGUAAAUGUCUUGUUUAUAUAAACUAAUAUCUUUUAAAAGAGAAAAUUAUAAGCUAAUCUUAAAAAUGCCCAAUUAUAGGGGUGCUUGGCUGGCUCAGUCGGAAAAGCAUGUGACUCCUGAUCUUGAGGUCAUGAGUUCAAGCCCCACCUUGGGCAUAGAGCUUAUUUAAAAAAAAAAAAAAAAAAAUCCCAGUUAUAGUUUUAUAACCAGUAAGGCUAUCAAAAGUGUUUGCUUAAAAUGAAUAUUCUUUUAGAAUUGGUAACUUUUUGGUGUGUUGUUAGGAAAAAAACCACCUCUGCAAACUUGCCUCAUGUAAGAGAAGUGCUUUAAAUGUAGCAGCCGCUGACAUUGUCUUACAUUUAGAAGUCCAUUGCCUUUUAACUAUUUUUUAUCUUUCUUGUCUUCAGCUAAAACAUAGAAUAGAAUAAGAAAUUAAGAUGUAUUCCAUUCUCCAUAUCCUAAGAAGGAAUGUGCAUAACAAGAGAGAGAAGAGUCUAAUGAGUAAUUAUGGACAUUAAAAUAAUAAAUCUCAUACAGAAAUGAAAGUAUCAUAAUGAUCAUUUUGUAAGAGGCCCACUUUAAUCAGAAAUAGCAUCAAGGUGAAUAUAAUCCAAUGUUUUGAUUUGCAUUCAGAAAUCCAGCUUGCUUCUAAUGUUUUCUAAUUGAUUACUAUAUGUUCAAGUGAAAUUUUGUGAGAAAAAAGGUUGUUUUAAAUCUGCUUGAUUUUUUUUCAAAAUGAAAAUGACCUGUAAAUUAGAAAAUAAUGGAUCAAAUGAAUGUUAUUAUUUUUUAAAUUUAGGUAGUACAAAGAGUCAAAAAGAAAAUGAAAUCAUCCAUGAUCAUACCACUAUUAACAUUUUGAUCAAGGUAUCUGUAUACAUAGCUAUUCUUUUUAUAAAAAUGAGAUCAUGCUUUAUCUACUAUUUUAUAAUUUGAUUUUUUAAUUUAACAUUAUAUCACAAGUAACUUGACAUGUCAAUAAACAAUUCUACAUUAUCAUACUUUUAA